UAGAAAACUGCCAAUAAAGACCAGACACUGGUAUAUGUUCUUCUUCUUCUUCUUCCGACUAGAGAAAGAGAAGAACAAUGGCGUCAAUCCGAAACACGAAGAUGAACCCCAUCGAUCACCUUCCCCUCUGUCUCCUCAGAUCCGACACGGUCCCACCCGCCCCUACCUUAUCCGAAUCAACCGUCGAUUUCCUCCCUCACUUCUCCGGCUACUCUUGGAUCGCUUACGCCGCUUCUUCUCUCCUCGUUGUCUCCCACUUUCCUUCUCCUAUUUCCCCUUAUCAAUCCCGCAUCGGCCCCAUUUUCCGCCAAUCCUUUCAGCUCUCAGCCGAUCCCCUCGCUGCCGUUGCCUGGUCACCUUGUUCACCCUCCUACGGCGACCUUGCCGCCGCUGCCGAUAACUGCAUAUGCCUUUUCCACCACAACUCCACCGCUGCAAAAGGUUCUUUUUGUUGGAGCCAGAAUGCAGUGCUUGUACAACAUACGAAAGUUGCAAACAUCAAAUGGACAGGAUCAGGAGAUGGAAUCAUUUCUGUUGGAAUGGAGGUGGUUUUCUGGAAAAAGAGCAACAAAUGUUGGGAGGUUGCUUGGAAGUUUAAAGCAGAUCAACCCCAAACUCUUGUUUCUGCAACGUGGUCUAUUGAGGGCCCUUCAGCAACUGCAGCACAUCCUAGUGAAGAACAGAUUGAAGGGGCCUUGACCAAUGAGGAAAGCAAAUAUGUGGUUGUAUGUCAAAGUAACGGACUAUCUGAAUAUUCAAAAGUCAAGCUACAUCAUCCCCUACCUGUUGUAAUGAUUCAAUGGAGACCAUCAAGAGAGAAGUUAUCAAACAGAUACGGUAAGUGUUCAGUAAGGCAUGUAUUGUUGACUUGCAGCUUAGAUGGGACUGCAAGGUUAUGGAGUGAAAUUAAUAAUGGAAAGGCCAGGAGAGUUGGGAAGGACAUCAAUGAUCAGAAAAAUGCUGGUUCCUCCUUUUGUGUUGUUGCUGUUAUUGAGAUUAAUCAGACGUUAAAUGGAACUCUUGGUUCAGAUAUAUUUGUGAGAUGGGGGGCAGAAUUCGAGGGAAUAUUUAGAACUGGUGAAGAGUCCAAACAAGUUUUUUCCAAACGAUUUGAGUAUGAUGUCAGAAAUUGUGAUUGGAUAGUUGGGUUUGGUCCUGGAAUGUUGCUUAGCUUUUGGGCUGUCCACUGUCUUGAUGAUGUUUCCCCACUGAGAUUUCCCCGAGUUACAUUAUGGAAGAGGCAUGAACUCCACAACCACGACAUAGCAAAUGUAUACAAGUUUAACUCAUCUGAUUUUAAAAAUGCAAUAUUUCUUCAAAAGGUUAUUUUAAUGAGAAAUUGCCUUUCUGGUCCACCUAUUAUAUGCUCAACACUUCAGCUAUUGUCUUGUAAUUCCUUAGUUUGGUCAAAUUUCCGUAUUUUAACAAUACAUGAUGCUGUGGAGAACUCCAUUGACAAUGCUAACACAGAUAACAUUUCCCCCUAUUUGACUGGUGGUGUUUUGAACUUAGAUGGUCAUAGUGGGAAAAUCUUAAAGGUUUCUAUUCAUCCUUAUACAUGCAAAGUUCAAUUUGCUGCUUCCCUGGAUUCUAAUGGACUGCUUCUUUUUUGGUCACUUUCUAACAUUUCAAACUGCAUUUUGGGAUGUCCAACUUUGGUUCCUACUAUGGAACUCUGCGGAAAGCUUGCCACUCAAGACUCAUGCUCCUUGUACACAAGCUUGACAUGGGCACCUUCAAUACUUGGUGACAAACUGUUUUUUUUUAUGGGACAUACCCGGGGAAUUGAUUGCUUCAUUGUCAAUAUUUGUCGAACUGAAGAGGAAAACAUAGAAUGUCACUACUUAUGCACUAUUCCUUUCAAUGGUCAUGGUCCUUAUGAAGACGGGCCUUUAGAUAUCUUCACAAUUCCUUUGAACUCCACCUGUGACAAAACUUUUUGCAGCAGUAAACUUAUGCUCUUGGCAGUAUGGAUGGGGAGAUUUCAGGCCCUAUCAUGGGAAGUUAGCUUGCACUCAUUUGACAUGUUGUCAAACAGUUGUGAAUGCAAUUUUGAUGCUAAAAGCAUUGAUGACUGUAGUGUUUGGGCGUUUGAAAGUACAUUUGCUGAUAAAAAAUAUUACGUUACUGUAAAUCCAUGUUCAUGUGAGUUUCCAAGUUCCAAUGAUCUAGUUACUAGUUUUGCUGUGGCUAAUCCAGGCACUGUAAGCCAUAUACAACAAGAGUUUGGCUUUGCAAAUGAUCUUUGUAGUAACUAUCCUACAUACAUUAUGGUCACAGGGUCCUCCGAUGGCAUCUUGAAACUCUGGAAAAGUAUACCAGGGAACUCAUUGACACAACACUUGCCAUGGGAACUUGUGGGUGUGCUUGUUGCACAUGAUGGUCCCAUCAAGGGUAUAUGUUUCUCUGAUUGUGGUGAGAAGAUUGCCACAAUCGGUCAUGAGAGCAAUUCCAAUGAUAUCAAUACCAUACAUAUAUGGGAUGCUGUACCAUUAAUCAGUGCAGGGACUUUUAUUUUGGAGGAUAAAAUAAAGACUGAUAGUGAUGUUAUCGCUCUAAGGUGGUUAACUUUAGGAACAGGGGAGUUAUUGCUUGGAGUUUGUUUGCAUAAUGAAUUGCAAAUAUAUGCUCCCAAGCAUUGUAUUGGUACAACUUUUCCGAACUCUGUAAAUUUUCCAAAAGUGAAUAUAUGGGUUCGCAUUGCAUUUGCUCACUCUUCCAUUCCAAUUUAUGAUUUCUUAUGGGGACCUAGAGCUGCAGCAGUGAUGAUUCAUACAAAUUACUUUAGUAUAUUUAGUCAUUGGUUGUUCCACAUGGAUAAAAAGCAAGGGAGUAAUUUUCAUCCAUGUGAUUCAAAGUCUAAUGCUUAUAAUUGUGAGGAUGAAAUAUAUGAAGACGUACUUUCUGCGGUUUUUACUGAACACAUUGGUGCUUUCAUAGAACAAACAAAUGGAGACAGUCAAGUAGAUUUUAAUUCUGUGGAGUCCAUAAAAAAAAUCAAUAUGAAGGACAAUUCCAGUAGCUUGUUCUUGGCCAAGGAACAAUUGAAAUUUGAACUUCUAACCAAGGUUGGUUUAUGGAGCAUCUUAGAAGUAACUGAGAUAAUCAGUGGAUCCUUGCCUACAUAUCACCCUGAUGUACUACUUAUUAAUAUCAGUUCAGGAAACUGGAAACGUGCUUAUGUAGCUGUUAGGCAUCUUGUUGAAUGCCUGACUUCUACAUAUGAUCCUAAAAGGAGACACAUCCCUAAAAGAAUUUGUCUUCCAAAUAUUGUAUUAUCUAAUUAUCUCGAAGGCCGUAUAUCAAAAGGUUCCCAGGGUAAGGGAUUUCAAUGGGGUGGGGAUUCGGCAUCAAUCACAUCAAUUUCACAGGCUCAAAGUAGCCUGUUCCCAUUUCCAUAUCAUUCAGGCUCCAAUGCUGAAAAUGAUAGCAUUUUCUCAACAAAAUCUGAGCUUAAUGGCUUUAUUGAAUCUCUUGAGAAUUUUACUGAUUUACCACUUUUGAUUGGCGUAGAGAAGACACAGAUUCUUGCUAUUAUUGAUCUUCUUAGUGAAGUUAGUAGUGCACACUCAUCGUCUGCAUAUCAGAGUCUUGAUGAACCUGGGCGAAGGUUUUGGGUUGUACUACGGUUUCGGCAACUGCUUUUUCUCCGGAAGUUUGGUAAAGCUGCUUCUUUUGAAGAGUUGCUUGUUAACUCAAGAUUGUUUGUAUGGGCUUAUCACUCUGAUAGCCUAGAUAAUUUAUUUGGUUCUGUCAUACCCAAUGAACCAUCGUGGCAAGAAAUGCGUGCUUUGGGUUUGGGCUUUUGGUAUGCUAAUAUACCUCAAUUACGUGCAAGGAUGGAGAAAUUGGCAAGAGCUCAAUAUUUGAAGAACAAAAAUCCAAAGGAUUGUGCUUUGCUGUAUAUUGCAUUGAAUAGAAUUCAAGUUUUGGCCGGCCUUUUCAAAAUCAGUAAGGAUGAGAAAGAUAAGCCUCUGGUGGGCUUUCUUUCUCGCAAUUUUCAGGAUGAGAAAAAUAAAGCUGCUGCUUUAAAAAAUGCUUAUGUUUUACUUGGAAGGCAUCAGCUGGAAUUAGCAGUUGCUUUCUUUUUGCUUGGAGGUGAUCAUUCUUCUGCUAUAAACGUUUGUGCUAAGAAUCUUGGGGACGAACAGCUUGCCUUAGUCAUUUGUCGACUUGUUGAUGGCCACGGGGGACCUUUGGAGCGUCACCUAAUUACAAAGUACAUACUUCCAUCUGCAAUUGAUAAAGGAGACUACUGGCUUGCAAGCCUUCUGGAGUGGGAAAUGGGUAAUUACUACAAAUCUUUUCAUAGAAUGCUAGAGUAUUCAGUACACCCUGUGCCUCCAGAGUCCACUGUCAUGUCCAAUUGUGGUCAUUUUCUGGACCCUACCAUUGGUUUUUAUUGCCAAAUGCUAGCAACAAAGAAUAGCAUGCGGAAUGCCAUUGGGGAGCACAAUUCUGCAAUUCUUUUAAGAUGGGCAACUUUGAUGACAGUUGCUUCCUUAAAAAGAAGUGGUAAUCCUCUUGAAGCAUUGGAGUACUUCUCAUCUUCACCAAGCAUGCCUGGGACUGCAAAUCAAGACAGUGAAUUAGGUGACAGUCAUGAUGUGCUGUCUGAUACUCUGAUGCCUUUACCUAGAAAAUGCUCUAACUGGUUGUCUGCUAAUGUUUCUAUGCAUCUGGAGUUCCAUAUUAAAUUGAAUUUGGCACUUUGCUACUUUUCAAAAUUGAUAAGAGAGCAUCCAAGCUGGCUUGACACUUUUUCAGAAUACAAUGAAGAACCUUCUGAUUCUGACGAGUACAUGAAGUACUAUGAGAAAUCAGUGGAAAGUUUUAAACAAAAGUUAUACAGCGGGCUUGCCCUAUUUGAACAGAGGUUUUUAUUGGCUCCCCACUGUCUAAUCGGCAUGAUUUUACUCUUACUUUGCCAUCAUGGAUCAUUGUGCAUUGGGUAUGAUAUGACAGAUGGAUAUACUCAAGGAGAACUGUCUCAAAAGAAGAGUGAUAUGCUUGAGGAUUUCAAUUUAUAUCACUCUAGGAUUACACCCCUCUUUAAGACUGCCGAAGAAGUCUCCUUUUUCUAUUCAAGAUUAUUUUGUGCCUGCAGCAUGGAAAGUUCUCAACAAGAUCUGCUUAUUGAUGGCAAACCUAAGUUUUUGGAUGCUUCGCAGUGCUGCAUAGAAGGUGUUUUUGUUUCAUUGUGGUUUUUAAAAGCAACUUUGAGGAUCCAGUUGAGUUCUAUUAGCAAAGAUCUGAUCAAACCGCUUCUUGAUAUCCUAGAUUUUUAUGAGUACUAUUUGCUUUUUUCAUUAGCCUGGCUUCAGAAAAACUCAGAAGUGCUUUUGUAUAUGGUUGAACCAUUCUUUGUUGCACAAUCUAAUGGCCGCAAUCCUUAUGAUGUUGAUAUGGUGAAUCUAAAGAAGCUUAUUCCAAAAAUUGGACAGUUGUUGGCUCAAACUUCUUCCAUACCUAGUAUACAAAACCUUCAAUUGUCUGAACAUGAUAUAAAACAUUCAAUUCCUGAUGAUGAAAGAUGGAAGAUUUUAGGGACCUGCUUGUGGCAGCAUAUGUCUAGAUUCAUGAUAUCAAAUUCGAAUUCUGUUCUUGCCAAACUUGAAGAUGGUAAUUUGUCUGGUCUUUUCCGUAGAAAGUAUGCUUAUGGAGAGUCUUGUAUCAUCAAUAUGGAUUCUGAAACCAUUAGCUUGCCAGAGAAGAUUCGGAUAGUCUCAUAUAGCCUAUGUGAUCUACUGAUAACAUCAGCUACUCACAUCUCUUCUUAUCAUGUUAAACAACAUGCAGAGUUUCUGUGGCAGAAAGUAAAGAAUGAUUCGAAUGUAAAGACUCUUGAAUGGUUAAAACAGAAAUCUGAAUUCAGUCAGAACCAAAACCUGAAUGUUUUGGAACUGGGGAACAGGAAAGAUUAUUCAGUUCAUCAGUUAUUAUGGGAUCACAGUGCAGAUCCCAAAUUGAUAUUUGAUUGCUUUGCACAGGAAAAACUCAAUUGGCCAAAUGAUUUGGAUCAUAUGCACACUAAGGGGUGGAAUGACUUGUCAAUGAUUAUGACAGGGCUGCAUAACACUGAUGAUACAUGUGGCGACGAAUUUAAUCUUAGAUCUUCUAAUCAUGAAGUUGGAACUCCUGUUAAAGAAACAUCUCUAAAUGGUCAUCCUUCUGCAGGAUCAAACAAGAAAGAUAUAACUUCCACAAAUUUUGCAGUUUUCCAGAGUCCAAGAGAAAUGUACAAGAGAAAUGGGGAACUUUUGGAGGCAUUGUGUAUAAACUCUACUUGUCAACAGGAAGCUGCAGUUGCUAGCAACAAGAAGGGUAUAGUGUUCUUUCAUCUGGAAGAUGAGACACCACACAGUGGUAAAUUAAAUGGUCUUUUAUGGGCCACAGCUGACUGGCCUCAGAAUGGAUGGGCAGGUUCAGAAUCCACCCCUACUCCAACAUGUGUUUCUCCUGGUGUUGGACUUGGGAGCAAGAAAGGGGCACACCUUGGGCUGGGUGGAGCAACUGUCGGGGUGGGCUCUUCAGCUUGGCCCAACAAUGACUUGACAGGUGCUGGAGUAUUAGGAAUGCUUGGUUAUGCUGAGAUUGGUGCCUCAAGAUUAGGUUGGGAAAUUCAACAAGAUUUUGAAGAUUUUGUUGAUCCACCUGCUACUUUGGAGAACAUAAGUACCAGGGCUUUGUCUAGUCAUCCAAUGAGGCCAUUCUUCUUGGUUGGUUCCAGCAAUACACACAUUUACUUGUGGGAGUUCAACAGAGACAAAGCUACUGCUACAUAUGGAGUUCUGCCUGCUGCCAAUGUCCCUCCACCUUAUGCCCUUGCAUCAAUUUCAGCCUUAAAGUUUGACCACUUUGGACACCGGUUUGCCAGUGCUGCAUUAGAUGGAACUGUCUGCACAUGGCAGCUGGAAGUUGGAGGAAGGAGCAAUGUCCGUCCAACAGAAUCAUCUCUUUGCUUUAAUGGUCAUGCUUCGGAUGUCACAUAUUUUUCCUCCAGUGGAUCGAUAAUAGCUGUGGCUGGAUAUAGCUCUAAUGGUGUUAAUGUGGUCAUAUGGGAUACUUUAGCUCCACCCACAACUUCUCGUGCAUCCAUUUUAUGUCAUGAAGGUGGUGCACAAACCGUGUCUGUUUCUGAUAAUCAUGUGGGGAGUGGUUCUGUAUCCCCCCUUAUAGUGACUGGUGGUAAAGGUGGUGAUGUUGGACUUCAUGAUUUCCGCUAUAUAGCUACUGGAAAGGCUAAAAGGCACAGGCGUGCUGAUAACAUUGCACAAAGCUCUGCCUCAUCUUUGGCUCGUGACAAGGACCAGAAUGUAGAAGGGAUGCUUUGGUACAUUCCAAAGGCUCACUCAGGGAGUGUCACAAAAGUAGUUACCAUCCCCAAUACCAGCUUGUUUUUAACUGGAAGCACAGAUGGAGAUGUCAAACUCUGGGAUGCCCAGAGCACAAGGUUAAUACAUCACUGGUCAAAGAUACAUGAAAAACACACUUUUCUACAGCCAAGUUCUCGUGGAUUUGGUGGUGUAGUGCGGGCUGCUGUAACAGAUAUACAAAUUGUUUCCAAUGGUUUUCUUACAUGCGGUGGGGAUGGAACUGUAAAGCUGGUGCGGCUUGACAAUCACCUGCGUGGCAAUUGAAUUAAACUAUAAUACUUCAGAGAUCCUUUAUGUUGAUGACAAACUACCAUGCUGCAAAAGCUCAUGACAAUGGUCAUUAUUGGUGAUAUGCCAUCAUUUCUGAAUUACUGGCUUCUUUAACAACUUACAUACCAAAGUGAACAUUUCUGAAGCCACCAUCCAUUUUGAAAAGGAUUCUUCAUUGGUAGUGUUGGUAUGUUCAGAUGUCCAAAAAUCUGCAACUUGGCCUAGCCAUACAUCCCGUAUGAUAAACUUCUGAUGCCAGUCGACCUCAUUGCUUCUUUGAACAGAUUGCAUGGGUUCAUAUUGAUUCGAGUCAUUCCUUGUGCAUUGAACAAUAUUUUAGUUGCUGACCGUCAUAUAGUAUGUUAAAGUUAUGAAUACCUUCGUGGCUGCCAACAUUUUUUGGAGAAAACUGGUAUUUGUUCUUGGUGUAUAUUACCUGUUUGAAUUUUUUGAGGAAUGAGUAUAGUAUAUACACAUACGAGGAAGGAGCUCCUCUUUAGGUUAUUUUUGUGUUAGACCUCUAGUGACCUUUCUUUUGUUUCACUUGUUGUCAUACCUGGCAUUUUGUAUAUUUGAAGAAAUUUUGUCAAUGAUAUCAAGAAAAUUAUAUUUACCUCCUUUAUAGGUUAUUACAAAUGACAUAUCUCUAUUAUU